GCUCCCUCCCUCCCUCCGGCUGGGGGCGGCCGGGUCGGCCCUCGCCGGGAUCCCAUUCCUCCUCCCUCGGUGCAUGGUCGCGGCGGGAGUAGAGGAGGGUGAGCCCGGCGGGGCGCGGGCCGGAGGCGGCGGCGAGAGCGGAGCCCCAGCGCGGAGGAGGCGCCUCUGCCCGGCAGAGGUAUUGCCAGGCAUCUGAAGUGGUUAACUAAGACCCAAGGAUUUGGAACUGAGGUGUGUGAUGUCAAACAGUGGGCAGUCCUUGUAGCCCCCCCCAUCAGCCUGCAGAGUCAUGUGCCAGUAUGAAUAUUAAGAAAGAAAACCAUACUUCAGAGCUCAGCAUCCCGGAAAGAAAAAAGGAAGAACUAAACAGAGAGAGCAAAUGAUUGCACUCCUUUCAAAACUUGAGGCUGUUCACUUUUUCUCCUGAAGCUUCAUCUUGGCCUUUGUGAGAAAGCUGAGAAAGUAGGCAGAACAGCCACAGUGAUUUUCUUAGCGUACUUUUUUCCUUUUCUAAUAUAAUUUUUUCUCCCUUGUGUCUGGAUUUUAAGCGUGCUGCACUGAUCACAAGCACUGGAGAUCAAUAUGUGUCAUGUCAUUGUAACGUGUCGGUCGAUGCUAUGGACUCUCCUGAGUAUCGUGGUGGCUUUUGCAGAGCUCAUUGCCUUCAUGAGCGCAGACUGGCUGAUUGGCAAAGCCAAGCCUUCAAGCUCCGAGGAGGUGGACAACAGAACGGGGGGAUCGCAGGAGCCCUACCGUCCAACGCUGGGCAUCUACGGGCGCUGCACCAGGAUCUCCCACAUGCAGUUCUCCAGGCGAGACACGCUUUGUGGUCCUUACGCUGAAAACUUCAGUGAGAUUGCCAGUGGGUUCUGGCAGGCAACCGCGAUUUUCCUCGCCAUGGGAAUCAUGAUUCUCUGCACCGUGGCUUUUGUGUCUGUCUUUACUAUGUGCGUGCAGAGCAUUAUGAAGAAGAGCAUUUUUAAUGUCUGUGGGCUGCUACAAGGGAUUGCAGGGCUCUUCCUUAUCUUAGGCUUGAUACUUUACCCUGCAGGUUGGGGAUGCCAGAAGGCGAUAAGCUAUUGUGGACCUUAUGCUUCUGCUUACAAACUAGGAGACUGCUCCUUGGGCUGGGCUUUCUACACAGCUAUCGGCGGCACUGUUCUGACAUUCAUCUGUGCAGUCUUCUCGGCGCAAGCUGAAAUAGCCACAUCCAGUGACAAAGUGCAAGAAGAAAUAGAAGAAGGAAAAAAUCUUAUCUGCCUCCUUUAACUCCAGUGGGGAAAAAAUACCAGCACCUGAAUCUUUAUCCGCUUUCCAUUGACUGGACAAGCAGAUCCAUUUACCUGUUUUUACAUUUGUGUGAUUGAGCCCCAUGCAUUCCAGCCCUGAACUACUGAAAGGGUCUUUCUUCUUUGCUGGGCUAUGAGGAUCAGAGAAAGGAUCCCAAGAAAGCAGAAUGUAAAUACCUGGGGAUAUUUUUAGUUUCAUUCUGUGAUCAGGACACAGUGGAAUAUAUUAAUCCGACUGGGGAUGUGAGUAAUCACAUGUAUAUAGCAGGAAUGUUGUUAAAACUGACAAAUUCUGAUUGAUCAGAUUGUCAAACCCACCUUGGUCACUUUGAAGAAUUUGGGUUUAAAAUAAUAAAAGCCAGCAUUUUUUUUUCUUUUAUUAAGCAAAAGAGAAGCCUAUUUUAAUGAGGCUUUGUUUCCAAGGGCUCCUCUCACAGGUGAAUAUUUCUUCAUCGUCACCUAGUUUGGUACCAUUUUCAUGGAGGUGCUUUUUGGUACUGAACUUCCUAGAAGUACAGUGCCCUCUUGGAUAUUAACUCUAUGUGGGAGAAAGGAAAGCUGAUGUUUACACCAGUCUUUAGGCAUUUAGAAAGUCAAGUUCCUGCCAGGUUUCUCUCUCUUAAAACAGAGCACAAGGUGUGUGCAACUUGUUAUUUAGCAGAUAAAUACUGUUUCCACUGACUAGACAGAGAAGCUGUUGUUUGACUGGCUCUCUCAACUUAUUCAGGUAAAACUGAAAUAUUUCUACAGCCUUUAUUAACACUUCUGAAAGCCUUUAUUAAAACUUCUGAAAUCCCAAGCAGACAACAGCUCCCCACAGCACCAGCCUUACCUGGGUUGCAGCCUCUCCUACAACUGUGGAUUUCACAUUGUACUUCAACAGUAUUACUUUUUCUGUCAUCAGUGAAACAUCAUUCACAGUCUACAGAACAGUCUGUCUCAUGACCCAGAAGCACAUGAGUCUUUAGGGAAGUUAAAUUUUUCAGGAAGCCUUGGCAAAUUCUAUGUAGCUGGGAAAUUUCUUUUUUUUUUCUUCUUUUUUUUUUUUUUUUUUUUUUUUUUGUGUGUGUGUGUUAGCAGUAGACCUUUUUCCAACUAAAUCAGCAGAAAUUAAACAGACCUUGCCACAAAUGCCAUUUUUUUUCUCAAAGCCAGAUGGUUGUGUUAUUUGUGGUGUUGCCUCACUAACUAGAACUACUUCUGAUAAGUUUGUAAGGUAUUUUAACAUACAAAGGAAUCAUGCAACUGUGCCAUAGGAGCAUUGGGGAUAAUUCAUCCAAGAAGUAGUUCUAAUGAAAUAUUAGGUGAAAUUUAGAUUAUCUUUCUUAUUUCUUGGUAAUUUAACAUCAUCCAAUGACAGUGUUGCUUCACUAUUACACAGAGCAGAGAUUAUUGUUUUUGCUGGUUAGUCCCUUAAAAUAUGCCAUUAGUUGUUAAGAAAUCGUUGUUACUGUCCAGGUAGGUAGCUGCUUUCAAGGCACUGCUGACGUGCUGCACAACACAAGAGCUGUUCUGCAGUCCUGACGGCGGGCCCGGGGCAGCCUGGAGGAUGGGUGAGCAGCCACGGAGCUGGGGUGCCCAUCCAGUGCCUGCUGCCCACCAGAGACACAGAGCAGCUCCCAGCCUGUGCCUCUGUGCCCACGGCACCUGCAGCCUGCACACUGGACAGAUACACAGGUGACACAGUCCAACAAGGUCAACUUCUGCCUGUAAUGAAAAAGGGAUUGUUUAAAGCUAGCCUUUCCUUGCAUUCACCUGCCCCUGCAACCCACAUCCUCCAUAUUCUACUUUAAAACAGGUAACUCACUGUUCUUUUAAAUAUUGAAUUUAAAUCCCCUCCAAAAGUUAUGGAGUGCACAACCACCUGCAUAAAUCAAGAUUUUAAUAAAGCAAAAUUACCAGCACAAAGUGGUACCUGAGGGUGAAAAUCACAGCCCGCACAACCUGUCCACACCUGUUUGUCUCGCAGCCUUUGCUCUAUACGCAUCCCCCCACCUGAAGUACAUGCACUGGGCUUGUACCUGGAGUCCAGCAAGGCUUCCUUCAGACAUCCCUCCCAAGCCCCUGCUGGAGUAGACACUGCACCUGGGCCACCAGCUCUGCCCUGCCCUCAGAGGCCCUGCAGUUGGGAAAGAGGGGGCAGCAGUUGUAUAAACCAGCUAAAAAUGAAUUGCUAAGUAGAUGUACAGUUUUACCUUCCUUAGGUGGGUAGCAAUCCAAACUCCAGAUCACCACUGCCAACAAGUCUUGACACAGUAUUAGGGUGAAAAAUGCUGCUUUGGCUUGAGCACUUGAUCAGGCAGAAUCAAGUCAGUUCUUAAAAAGGUCGAGAGGGCAUACAGUAAACUGAGCAACCUUCAUUCACAUUACUAGCUGACCUCUGCUGUGAUCCACAUGAUGCUUAAAAAUUUCAAUUGUACAUUUUGUUUUGGUUGGUUUUUUUUAAGUACAAAAGAGAGAUUUUCAGUGGCACAUUUUGCUUUUGUUUGCAUUCAUAACCAAGAAGAACCAGCUUUUCUGCUUGUUUGCUGGUAUUUUAUCAGCUUGCUCUGCAACUGCAUAAUUACCUAACUUGCAAGAAUAUCCAUGUUCAUCACAUAGCACAGAUAGAAGACAUGUUGGGAAGAAAUACAGAGGAGAAGUAAUCAGAAUUUCUUUUCUCAGGGUUCUGUUUUUCUAGCAAGUGAUAAGGUGGUAUAUAUUGUGAUUUUUUUUUUCCCUUGAUGAGGUUUUCAGGUGCAGGGUGCACUCAUUGAAUUUCACAGCUGUUUAAAUUGCUCCUGAAGUUCACCUCAGCAGUAGCUUUCAAAGGCACUUUGGGAAAGAAAAAAAAAAAUCAGCUUAAAGCUAAUUUAAUUAUUUCAUGAGGGGGGCUGCAGAGUGUAACUGCUUCUUAAUGUACAUGCACUGCAUAGGCUCUAGAGGAAUUUGCUGUGGAUUCUUUAAAACCUGUGUGCCAAUUAAUUCAGUUUAACUUCGUUUUGUGGUAUUGAAGAUUUCUUCAAACAUCUGUGGUUUCAUCAACUCUUAAACUUAUAUUCAUUAAAGUGCCAUAGACCUUUUUUUUUAAAUUGUAGCAUAUUUAAAUAUAUAUAUAUAUAUAUAUAUACACAAACUUGUGUGAGAUGUGCAAUACAAGGAAUGGGUUUUGUGGGGGGGGUUGGUUGUUUUGUUGUUUUUUGUUUUUUUAGUUUUUGCUUUUAAAUAAGUGAUUUGAAAAGGGACUUCCCAGGGAAGCAGUGGCUGGACUUUGCUGGUGUAGAUAUAGAGUAAUGCAAUAAAAUCAUUGAUGUUGAAGAUCAAUACAACAGUAGCAACAGCAGCUUGAAGAUUUAGCAAAAAUAUCUUCUAGAUUGAUUUUAAAUACUCAGAAUACAGACACUUCCAGUGUGAAGCUGUGUCCACCUCCAGCCAUUACACUCUAAAAGCUGAAAAGGCUCAGCAAGGUUUCUUAGUGUGCUUUACUUGUAAUGUGGCACUGCAAAAAAACAUUGCUACUGAGCUAUUUCUGGGUUGUCUAUAUCACCUUUGUAUCUAUUUUACUCAAUAAAGUUCUCUGGAUUCUGAUUUUUUUUUCAGCCAAGUAAUUUCCAUUUUGCAUUUUUACCCCCUCUCCCCCCCAAAGGUUCCCACAUCCUAGUGGUAAAUGGAGAGGAGUUCAGGCCUUCCUUGAAAGCCAUGGGCACUGGUGCCUACACUUCAAGGAAAGGGCAGAGCGAAACAAAAGCAGAGCACGGCAGCAACAUACACACAAAUCCUCUGUAUAGGAAGAGCGGCUGCAGCGAUCCGGCUGGAGUAGGUUUUGAGCCAUGGUUUAUUUGUGGUACUGUUUUUGUGUUCUUGACUCACCACUAUGUACAUUUGUUAGCAUGAAUGAUGUACCUAAUGUUUUCUUUUUAAUCUAAAUUUCAAUUAAAUGUGAGUUUUUGAACUUUUAA